CACACGAUUUUGUACAACAGUUGAACAGUUUUGUUUCGUCACCUUUUUCAAGGUGAAUUGUUUUAUUGAAAUAAUCAAUAAAGCUGACCAUAAUACUCAAUUAUUCUUGUCCUAUUGUUCCACUGGAAUGGUCUACUCAUCGGUUUUCUAUAUAAAGCGUUCAAAAUGUGUGUAACUUUUACAUUAACUAUCACCUAAUCGCACAGAAGUCAUCUUCGAGAAAUACAUAAUUUUGAUUGACAGUGCUUAGCUUUGUGAAUUGAAUCAGUAAAUUUAUUGUAACAACGCGUGAUUUAAGUGUGGACACAUUAAGUUUGUGAAUUUCUUCAGAAUGGCCGAGCCACAAUUAAACGGGCAUCAAGUUGAAGAAAAUCUGCCUCCCGGUGUGACUGUGGAAGAGGUAGAGAUCCCAGUUCCCUGGGGACACGUCGCGGGGCGAUGGUGGGGGCCACGGAACGUCCAGCCAAUCAUAGCCAUCCACGGCUGGCAGGACAACGCCGGCACUUGGGACAAUCUGAUACCUCGUCUGCCGGUCACUACAUCAGUCCUGUGCAUUGACCUCCCAGGACAUGGCUUUUCAUCGUACUAUCCCACAGGAAUGCUCUAUUAUUUGUUCUGGGACGGUAUCGUGCUUCUCAGGAGGAUUGUCAAGCAUUUCAAAUGGAGUAAAAUAUCGCUCAUGGGACAUUCCUUAGGGGGAGCACUCAGUUUUAUGUACGCGGCGUCGUUUCCCGAUGAUGUUGAGAGAAUAAUAUGUAUUGAUAUAGCGAGCCCUGCCGUGAGAGAACCAAAAGUUCUAGUGAAGGGCACUGGAGGUGGAAUUGAUAAACUCUUGGAGUACGAAAACCUCAGUGAAGAUAAAAUUCCAUGUUAUGAAUAUGAUGAAAUGAUCGAUAUUGUUUGCGAUGCUUACAAAGGGUCGGUUUCGAGGGAGAAUUGCCGCAUACUAAUGAAGAGAGGCAUGGCCCCCACACCAGUACACAUGAAGAAGAAAGGUUAUUUCUUCAAAAGGGAUCCUAGGCUUAAGGUCUCUGGUCUUGGCAUGAUGUCGAUCGAGACAGCAUUGGAAUACGCGUCGAAAGUAAAAUGCAAAGUCCUCAACAUCAGAGCGAUUCCUGGACAGAAAUGGGAAAGGUUAGACUAUUAUCUGGACGUCGUGGAAAAGCUUAAAGAGACUGCCGAUGUGAAGUAUGUUGAAGUGGACGGCACCCAUCACGUCCAAUUGAACGCACCUGAGAAUAUAUCGGGUAUUAUAGAAGAAUUCUUAGAAGAAUAUUAAUUUGUUUUAAAUUGAAAUGUGAUUGUGAUAUUCAAUGUGAUGGGGGCACGCCACUUAGUGCUUUGUAGUGAGUAGGUGAAAUAAGUCGAUUGAUUACACGACUGCUUUAGUUUGUAAUUUCAAAUGAGACGCAAAUCAUCGAGGGGCUUAGUCAAUGAUUAAUAUGUAUUACUUAAUGUAUUUUAACUUCAUAUGGGUUAUAUUAUGUAUGUGAAGUUCAUAUGGUGUGGCGUAUUCGCGUGGUUAUUUUUAUAGAUUUCUAGUAUUGACUAGAAACUAAUAAGAAUAACCACGCGCUCAUAUUAUAGUUACAGUAAGCUCACAUUAACAAUGAAUUAUCACCAUAGUACCCUAUGGAAAUAAUAGCAAUUCCUAUACAUAGCAUUUGUAUACACGUCAAUGGAGUAAGAUUUACAAGUGACUGGUUGAUAAUGACGGAACCUGAUGAUUUUAUUUAAAUCUUAACAUUUAUUUAAACAACCAUAACUUCGGUUGUAUUUGAUUAUAUUUUUCUAUUCUUGAUCGUCAUAGUUUUUGUGUUCGUGUUGUGAAUUUAUCAUUACUAAUAUAUGCAAUAGUUGUUUUGUCUAUCAUGCAUUAGGCAUGUGAUACACUCACUUUAUCAGUUUUAAUUUAUACAAAUUAACUUGGAUCCAAGAUUGUUUGUUAGAAACCUUCAGAAACGAUAUUUUGAGGUAUAGUAGGUACAUUAUUAUUAUACAGUAGGUAUAUUAUUAAACUUAAUAUGUUUUGUUAUUAUGAUUGGAUAGUUUAUUGCAAGUAACCAUGACUUGCAGUAAAUAUCUCUGGUGAUGUUUCUACUUAAUUGAUUUGAUUCUUACAAAAUAUCUAUUUAAACUUUACCUAUUACAUUUAAAAAUAUACAACAAAUGGACUUAAUGCUUUAUGGUUUUACAAGUUUCAUUUUUUGUAAAGUUCAGUUUAUUAACAAAACAACUUUCCGAAGUUAAUAAAAAAAAAAACCAUUUCCCAAACAAAUUCUUGGGGUUAUUGUUGUCUGUUUAAAGUCAUUUGUUACGAAACCUACCUACUAUUUUAGAUACAGUAUCAAAGGUGUUUGUCAAUAAGGUGCCUAUUCAAAGGAGCUCAACAAUUAUCAAAUAAAACUAGUCAAAUGUUGUACAGCGCAUGUAGGGUUAAAAAUAAAAAUGUAAGCCCAUCAUUAAACUUUAUAGUUUUUUGAUAAUUCAAGUCUUUAAUAAUUAUAAUUUACAGUUCAUUAAAAGUUAUUAAUAACUAUAAAUCCAUGCACUUUUGACCUCGACCGUACAGUCGAGCACAUAUAAAGCUGCUUCAUUUAUUGAAAUAAACCUAUGCGGCCGAUGUAGACAUGAGGAAGGGUAUUCUUGCCUCCAACUCUACAUAAAUUUUUGAGUAAAUUGCUAGCCCUAAACUUAAUAUUGCCUAACCUUGAAUUCAUAUGGUGAUUGAACAACACGCUAUCGCUAUAGCAUGAUUUGCUAAAGAGAGAGAAGCAUGAUAUGAUAUUUCAUGCAUAAAGAUUGUUUUUCUUUACCAAAUCUUCAUGAUUCUACCAAUGUUAGUAUGCAUUGGUUUGAUGCAGACAUUACCCAUAACAUUACAGAGCAUGUCUAGCAACUUUGUCACUGGAAAAGAUGUUAUUUAUAAAAAUAUAGGUACACUAACUUUGUUGCACUUAAUUAGUCUAUGCCCCUGAUUAAUGCAGGUCAUGUAUUGUUUUCUGUAAUUUGGUAGAUUAGCAAAUCAGUCUUUUUUUUAAUGAAUGUCGUUAUAAGACGCCUCACUUAUCUUUUUGCUCCUUGUACCUAUUUCCUUUGCGUAGACACGUCUAGUCCACAGGUCGGUCAUAAACAGUCGUAAAAGUGGUUUUUACGAUAAAGAUACAUUAUGCCGAUAAAGUUUUUUAUCAGCAAAACAUUAGUAAUAUUAGUACCUAAUUCGACAAAUCGUGCUGGAUUAUAGUACGAUCAUUGAAUAUAUUUAUUUUGCUUCCUUUAAAUUCAUCAAUCAUUUCACGCAAGCGCUUUGUUUAUGGUAUUUGAUAAAGGACCCUGCGUCUUGGCCUUGCUUUGGAAAUAUAAGAUGAAUUUUUCAAACUAAGUUUGGCCUGCUGCUCUUUUAUAAUGCAUUUCAACAAUAUUUUUUUGUCUCACCUGCAUUGUCACAAAUAUGUAUAUGCAGGUUGACAUAACAAUAAAAUAUAUAUUUUUUAAAUUUAUUUAAGUUAUUGACAUUUUGUUAAUAUACGUAUAUUUCUACUUAUAAAAGAAAUCAUUGAAUGGACUUCAUAAUUUAUAAGUUUUAUUGAGCUAGAUAAAAUUGCUUUUGAGUCAAGCUCGUUUUGCUUAGAGAAUAUUGAAAGAGGAAAUUUCCCCGUAGAAUUUUAUGGACAAACAUCACCAUACAAAUACACGUUUAUAAAUCCUUUCAAGUUUAUCCGAAGUCUAAGUCACAAUAGACAUAAUGUCUAUUGUCUUUACAUAUUCUAUUCUGUGAAUUUUCAUGUCACGGUAUUUUUUCUCAUCAUCAUGCGGAUUUUCGAUUUAAAAUUCAAAAUUAUAAUUUAUUCAAGUAAAUACUGGUUUCAUUCACAAGUUACACGUUAUAUCUUGUGUUAUUAAAUAUAAUUUUGUGGUUGUAUUUGCAAAUCUAAAAAUAAGUGUGCCUCAUCUUUUGUUUCACCAAGAUUAAAUGAUUAUAAAUGAAUAUACUUGACGGGUCAAGUAACUUUUCAUUUCAUUAUCAUUAUUAAAAUAUAAAGAUGUGUUUUGUUUAUUGUCCAUAAUUUUUUUUUGCACCAUUUUUUAUACAACAAAAAAUAAAUGAAAUAAAUUUAUGUAAUAAUCUAUUUUCCCAGUUAACAUGUGAAGUUAUAAAACUGCGAUAUAAAAAAAAUAUAAAUAUUUUUUAAAGUCACAACUGAUUUUGUCUAAUAAGUACAUUAUAAGUUGACUCAUUGUUUAUCCAAUACUUGUUUUUUGUUAUUUAUAAAAACAUUACCACAUGUCUGUUCUAGACAAUGCUGUUAAAAAAACAAAGUGUUUCAAGCACCAUUUUAUUUUUAACAAAGAAAGUUAGACUUGUAAAACUGACACAAAUAUAUGGUAUGUUGAA